AUGAUGGAAGAAUCUUGCAUCGAGGCGUUCGUUCCCCACGUGAGCCAAGUUCCCACCAUCGACGACUCGCGUGGCAUGGUAGAACAAUCCAAUAGGAUCGCCGCAGCCAGGAAACGCAAAUACCCAGGUUGGGACGCAAGAGCUGUACAUGGCGACCUCAUCGACCGGUGCAGUCGCGGCCAGACCAUAGAUCCUAGGAUCACUGAUCCCAAUGGUGAGUAUCAGUCAUUCGAUCUGUCGAGGACGCUUCAAGUGCCAUUGGAUCAAAGGUGCUCGCAAUUGCUCUCGACAUCCUCGUCGGCCGUCUCGAACACGAUCGUGGAUAUCGAAAAGUUCUUUGGCUGCACAAACCCGGCUUCGGAAGCUUUGCUUGAGGGCUUGCUUGACGACAUGAAGGAAACAGGGUGUGGUAGCAGAGAAGUUGUUGCGGCCUUGAAGGAGAUUGAGAUGAAGACAUGGCUGUAA